AAUAUCUCUCAGCCGCUCUCCAGAGACCUCACAGCCGCUCUCGCUCUCGCUCUCGCUCUCUGAUCUUUCACGCUCUCAUAGGAUCCCCAAAUCGCUUGAUAUCUCACAGCAAUUGCUCUCUCACCUAAUCGACUCAAUCAAAAGGGAAAGAGUGUAGAAUAAAACACAAGGUGGAAAAAUGAACAAGAAGGAGGUAUUUAAACUAGCCAAAGGUUUCAGGGGAAGAGCAAAGAAUUGCAUCAGGAUAGCUAGAGAGAGGGUGGAGAAGGCACUUCAGUAUUCUUAUCGAGAUCGUCGUAACAAGAAGCGUGACAUGCGUUCCCUUUGGAUUGAGCGAAUCAAUGCUGGCACUCGUGUCCAUGGUGUCAAUUACGGUAACUUCAUGCAUGGACUGCUGAAAGAGAACAUCCAACUAAACAGGAAGGUUCUGUCGGAGUUAUCCAUGCACGAACCGUAUAGCUUCAAGGCUCUUGUUGACGUUUCACGCACAGCUUUCCCCGGAAACCGACCGGUCCCACCAACUCCAAAGAAACAAGGCCUUUCGAUUUUGGUGUGAUUAGCUUCACAUUCUCAAAAGUACGUCUUUUGUCGUGUUUCCUUAUGAAAAAAAACUUAGUUUAAGAACUAUUAUAGCAAUAAACGACACUUUCUUUGCUAUAUAGCCUGGAAAAAAUAUGUUUAGAUUUCCAAUUUCAUAGUUGAUUCUUGAUUUUAGCUGUUUUUGUCUUGAUGUAUUUCGGCAUUGGACUUUAUGGUGUAGAAAUUCUGAAAGACGGGUCUUUAC